AUGAAUGCCAGACUUGAAUGUCACUCCCAAAGAGCACUGGUGGGUUUCCAGAAAUGGCAGAGGCACGAGUUGAGCAACGGUCCAUCGCAGGUCGAGCGUGUGAUGGCCUUUCUAGUCCCCGACAUGAGGGGACCUGGCAGACUCGACCACCCCACGAUGCCUAGCCAGACUGAAACAAGAGCCCACCUCUCCUGGCGGGAACCAAUCCACGGGAGCAUCGUUGCGAUCUCUGUCCGAUUUGCGCUGUCAGGCAGCGCACCGUGCAUGAAAGAGAGAAAAAAUGGAGUCGUCGACCAGUUGAAGAGCCAUCCGGUUCGCCGCCUCACUUUCCCCCAGUGGCUCUCCGUCGGCCAGAGGAGCCACAGCCGAUCCACUCAGCGAUCGUCGCACGCAGGAGAGUUUCGAGAAGUCUACGCAUCUCGCGCCGUGCACACCCGUCCGUCCCAGUCCCAGAAAGAUUUUGGUGCAAAGUGUGGAUGGGCAGCCGCCCGAGAGCAUGGAGGCUGUGUCUUCCAAGGAUAG